AGGAGGCCGAAGUGAGCCGCCUCGGGCGUUGCACGGCGCCGGCUGGAGCCGCGGGACCAGGCCCAGGGAGCCGUUGCCCGGGACCCCGCCGUCCGAUGUCCUCAAGAUGGAGGCAGCGGGGGCGGCGGCGUGAGGACAGCGGCGCUGCGGGCGCGGGAGCAGCGGCGCGGGCGGCCCGGGCGGAGGCGGUGGCGGGAUGGGGUUGCUGCUCAUGAUCCUGGCAUCGGCCGUGCUGGGCUCCUUCCUCACGCUCCUCACCCAGUUCCUGCUGCUUUACCGCCGACAGCCCGAGCCGCCGGCGGACGAGGCCGCCCGCGCGGGCGACGGCUUCCGCUACAUCAAGCCGGUGCCGGGCCUGGCCCUGCGGGAGUACCUUUAUGGCGGCGGCGGGGCUGAGGAGCCCUCCGGCGGGCCCCCCGAGGGCGGCGCGACCCCGACCCCGGCCCCCGAGACCCCCUCCCCGCCGACGCGGGAGACCUGCUACUUCCUCAACGCCACCAUCCUGUUCCUGUUCCGGGAGCUUCGGGACACCGCGCUGGCCCGCCGCUGGGUCACCAAGAAGAUCAAGGUGGAGUUCGAGGAGCUGCUGCAGACCAAGACGGCCGGGCGCCUGCUGGAGGGGCUGAGCCUGCGGGAGGUGUUCCUGGGCGAGACCGUGCCCUUCAUCAAGACCAUCCGGCUCCUCCGGCCCGUGGUGCCCUCGGCCACCGGAGAGCACGACGGCCCCGAGGGGGAGGCGCUGCCCGCCACCACCCCCGAGGAGCUGGCCUUCGAGGCGGAGGUGGAGUACAACGGGGGCUUCCACCUGGCCAUCGACGUGGACCUAGUCUUCGGCAAGUCCGCCUACCUGUUCGUCAAGCUGUCCCGAGUGGCGGGGAGGCUGCGCUUCGUCCUCACUCGCGUGCCCUUCACCCACUGGUUCUUCUCCUUCGUGGAGGACCCGCUGAUCGACUUCGAGGUGCGUUCCCAGUUUGAAGGGCGGCCCAUGCCCCAGCUCACGUCCAUCAUCGUCAACCAGCUCAAGAAGAUCAUCAAGCGCAAGCACACGCUCCCGAGUUACAAGAUCAGGUUUAAGCCGUUUUUUCCAUUCCAAACCUUGCAAGGAUUUGAAGAAGAAGAGGAGGAGCAUAUCCAUAUACAACAGUGGGCACUUACUGAAGGUCGCCUUAAAGUUACUCUGUUAGAAUGUAGCAGGUUACUUAUUUUUGGAUCCUAUGACAGAGAGGCAAAUGUUCAUUGCACACUUGAGCUGAGCAGUAGUGUUUGGGAAGAAAAACAAAGGAGCUCCAUCAAGACGGUUGAAUUAAUAAAGGGGAAUUUACAAAGUGUCGGACUUACACUUCGUCUUGUCCAGUCAACCGACGGGUAUGCUGGCCACGUCAUUAUUGAAACUGUGGCCCCAAACUCGCCUGCUGCAAUUGCAGAUCUUCAGCGGGGAGAUAGACUGAUUGCUAUUGGAGGUGUGAAAAUCACAUCUACGCUGCAGGUGUUGAAGCUGAUCAAGCAGGCCGGUGACCGCGUCCUGGUGUAUUACGAGAGGCCGGUCGGUCAGAGCAGCCAGGGCGCUGUGCUGCAGGACAGCCUGGGGCCGCUGGACGAGCACUUCCUGGCGGGCGCCUGCCCGCCAAACUAUGAAGAGGAGACAGCCGGGCUGGCGGUCGAUGCUGAAAACAGAGACCUGGAUGCUGAGUUUGAAGACUUAGCCAGUGAUGUCCGAGCACAGCCUGAGUUCCGGGAUGAGGCGCAGUCAGCCAGUCACAGCCCCAAGCGCACCCCACCCACGCUUUCUGUUAGACCCCUUGGAACGAUUUCACCAGUUUUAAACCGUAAACUAGGAUCAGUAGCAGGCAUGCCUUUGCCAGUCGUUCUUGAAAAGACUGAAUCAUUAAAGGCAAAAAUAAAAUAG